AUGGAGGGACUCAUGACCACAGUCUGCACCAUCACUGCCACCCAGAAGCAUGUGUAUGGCCCCUCUGGGAAACUCUGGUGCAACAGCCAUGGGGCUGCCCAGAACAUCAACCUCACACCCACUGGUACUACCAAGGCUGUGGACAAGGUUAUCCCAGAGCUGAAUGUGAAAUUCAGUAGCAUGGCUUUCCAUGUCCCCACUCCCAGUGUGUUGGUCGUGGAUCUCACUUACUAUCUGGAGAAAACUGCCAAAUACAAUAACAUCAAGAAACAGGUGUUGGAUGGUCCUCUACAGGGCAUCUUGUCAUAUGCUGAGGACCAGGUUGUCUCCUGUGCCUUCAACAGUGACACCCACUCAUCCUCCUGUUAUUCCUACAUCAACGCAGUUGGCAUGCUAAAAAAAUACUCAUUACGAAUUCGCUAA